CUUCACUCAAGACAACCAUGAAGUUCUACACAGCUCUGUUGGCCUUUGGCCAAAUUGCCUACACCGUCAAUGUCGGGCCCGACUACCAGCAUCCCAUUGAAGACCUCGACAAGGAUCUCCCCUUCUCGCAGCCCGUCACAUUCGCCCAUCUCGAAUGGCAGCGCUGUCUCGCCGAGUCACACAAUACACCCAUCGACAUCGCAGUCCUAGGCUUCCCCUACGACACCAGCACAUCCUACCGCCCCGGCGCCCGCUUCGGACCACGCGGUAUCCGCGCCGGGUCGUCGCGCGAGAAAAAAGGCCGCAGCUACAAUACCGUCUGGGGGGUUGAUCCAUUCGAAGAAGACCUAUCUAUUAUCGACUGCGGCGACAUCCCGAUCACGCCCUUUGAUGCCGCACAUGCAUUCAAACAGAUGGAACAAGGAUACAGACAGGUCCUGCACCAUGAGACGACAUCCAACGGAAGUAAAGCGGGCUGGACGCAUCCUCGCAUUGUGAGUCUGGGCGGGGAUCACUCGAUUGUUCUUCCGAUCCUGCGCUCGCUGAAGACUGUCUACGGGCCUAUUUCUGUUAUCCAUCUUGACUCGCAUUUGGAUACUUGGGAUCCGUAUGAGGGGUAUACGGGCAUUGCGUCGGAGCAGAGCGCUAUCACGCACGGGACGUUCUUCUGGCAUGCCAGUCGGGAGGGAUGUAUUAAGAAAGGAGCGAGUGUGCAUGGUGGGCUUCGCACCAAGUUAUUCGGGCCGAAGGAUUAUGAGAUUGAUGAGAAGAAUGUUGGGUUCCACCGCAUUGAGGCGCAUGAGAUUGAUGUUAUUGGCGUUGAAGGCAUCGUGAAGCGCACGGUUGAUGUGGUUGGAGAUAACCCGGUGUAUUUGUCUAUUGAUAUUGAUGUUCUUGACCCGAGUAUUGCUCCUGCGACUGGAACUCCUGAGUCUGGGGGCUGGACGACGAGAGAGCUGAAGCGGUAUAUCAAAGGCCUGGAAGGACUCAACCUUGUUGGAGCAGAUGUUGUAGAAGUCAGUCCGCCGUACGAUUCAACUGCAGAGACUACUUCGGUGGCUGCUGCAGAUUUGAUCAUUGAUAUCCUGGCGGCGAUGACCAAAAACAAGAAGGGCGUUGCUGUUCGGUCAGCAGGCAAAGAUGAGCUGUGAUACCAUGACAGAUGGCAGGCACUUAACGAUAGAGGACCUUCUUAAGCUAAUACCUAGCUAUGAAUGGAAAUAUCCACACGAU